AAUUGGAGCUGCGAGGUGGAAAGCGCAGGCAGAAUGGAGGUGGAGAGCGGCGAUGCGCUCGCAGCUUUGUGGCUCCGGCAGUAGCAGCAGCAGCAGCAGCAGCCGAGCCGAGCGAGCCAACAGCAGCAGAAGCCGCCUGCACCGGGGGAGGGAAGAGGAGGAGGAGCGGGGACGGGGGGGGGGGGCUUUGUUACUUGCACACAAUCGCCUCCUAUCCAGCCCCCCGCCAGCCACAGCCAAGCGGACGCGAUGGAGCAAGGGCAGAGAGAUCUGUAGGAGCUGCAAGGAUCUGCUGAAGACCCACACUCGCUCACAUACACACCCCAGAAGGGAAGAAGAAGGGAGAGCGGCGGCGGCGGCUCAUCCGAGCCCUCCUCCUCCUCCUCCCUCCACGCCAGGAAGAGAGACGAGGAGCCAGGCGAGAAAAAGGCCAUUUUAACGUGGCUCAGCUCGGGCUCUUGGGCAGCCGCAGGCUCCUGCUUCGGAGCCCAACUAGAGCCGUGACACUGAAGAGGCUACUUGCUCCUCGCAUUGGUGUUGCCUUGGAAGAUCCUGCUCCCAUCCCUGUCGCCUUUCUGUAGCCAAUGAAUUCAAUGAACCCAAUGAAACCAUCGCUCCCGCCCACCCCACAUGGUGAUGGUUCAUAUGCCUACGAGUCAGUUCCUUGGCAACAGAAUACCAAUCAGCCUGCAGGAUCUCUCUCAGUGGUAACCACGGUGUGGGGAGUCAGCAACACAUCCCAGAGUCAGGUUUUUGGAAACCCCAUGGGCCCUGGGGGGAACACCUCUGGCAACCCCAUGAUGCCCAGCGUGGCCAGCAGCGGCUCUGGAAUGAACUCGCCUCAGUUCAUGGGACAGCAGCCUUUCCCAGAGGGAUCUACCAACAAGGGCUACGUGCAGCCGGGGAUGUACAGUCGCAACACUUACCCCGGAGGUCCGGGCUUCACCACAAGUUAUGCAGGCAGCCCAAACGGCCCCGGGGGGAUGGGCAUUCCUUCGCACACUGGGCGACCCCCGGCAGACUUCACCCAAGCAGCUGCCGCCGCCGCUGUUGCGGCCGCCGCCGCCACGGCCACAGCCACGGCCACCGCCACUGUGGCCGCCCUGCAAGAGAAGCAAAGCCAGGAACUCAGCCAGUAUGGAGCGAUGGGAGCUGGGCAGCCCUUCAACAACCAGUUUCUUCCUCACUCGGGGCCGCGAGGGCCAUCCGUGCCCCCCGGGAUGAAUCCUGCCAACAUGGGCGGCGUGAUGGGUGCUUCUGGGAUGUCUCCCAUGAGCAUGAACGCAGCGAGGGCGCCUGCCAUGAGCGCCCUGUACGGCAGCCAGCGGAUGCCCCAACAUGGCUACCCUGGUCCCCCGCAAGGCCAACCGAUGCCCAGGCAAAGCGUCAAGAGGACGUAUUCCAAUGAGGGUUAUCCAGGGCAGCAGUACAUGCAGGGUGGCCAGUAUCCCUCUCAAGCUGGGCAGUAUGCCCCCACUGCCCCCCAGCCGUCUGCUCCGUCCCCUUCGUAUCCUGGCCACAGAAUGCCCAUGCAACAAGGAAUGAGCCAGUAUCUCUCUGGCUCUGGCACUGGUGGCCCCUACUAUAAGCCUACGGAUCAGUUCAACGGUCAAAAUGCCAACUUCAAUGGAGGCAACUUCAACAGCUACGGACAGGCUACUAUGAAUGGGCCUGGAAGAUCCAUGCCUGGUUACCCCAGCUCCCCGCUCCCUGGGAAUCCCACCCCUCCAAUGACACCUGGCAACAACAUCCCCCCAUACAUGUCCCCAGGGCAGGACGUGAAGUCCCCGUUCCUUCCAGACAUCAAACCCAACAUCAACUCUUUGCAUCCGUCUCCCUCUGGAAACCCUUGUGACGAGCUGCGCUUGACCUUCCCCGUGCGGGACGGGGUAGUGUUGGAGCCCUUCCGCCUCCAGCACAACUUGGCUGUCAGCAACCACGUCUUCCAGCUCAGGGACUCGGUUUACAAGACUCUGAUGCUCAGGCCUGACUUGGAGCUGCAGUUCAAAUGCUACCACCACGAGGACCGACAGAUGAACACCAACUGGCCAGCCUCAGUGCAGGUCAGCGUGAACGCCACGCCCCUGACCAUUGAGCGGGGAGACAACAAGACAUCACACAAGCCGCUCUACCUAAAGCAGGUGUGCCAGCCUGGCAGGAACACCAUCCAGAUCACCGUCACCGCUUGCUGCUGUUCUCACCUCUUCGUCCUGCAGCUGGUCCACAGGCCCUCCGUGAGGUCUGUUUUGCAAGGCUUGAUAAAAAAACGGCUUCUGCCAGCGGAGCACUGCAUCACCAAAAUAAAGCGAAACUUCAGCAGCGGCACAAUCCCUGGAACUCCAGGUCCAAAUGGGGAAGAUGGAGUGGAGCAAACGGCCAUCAAGGUGUCUCUGAAGUGCCCCAUUACUUUCCGGAGAAUCCAGCUUCCUGCCAGGGGUCAUGAUUGCAGGCACAUACAGUGCUUUGACCUGGAGUCCUAUCUGCAGCUGAACUGUGAAAGGGGGACGUGGAGGUGUCCUGUUUGCAAUAAAACAGCCCUGUUGGAGGGACUCGAAGUGGAUCAGUACAUGUUGGGGAUCCUAAUCUACAUUCAAAACUCCGAAUAUGAGGAGAUCACCAUUGACCCGACGUGCAGCUGGAAGCCGGUGCCCAUCAAGCCCGACAUCCACAUCAAGGAGGAGCAGGACGGGCCUGUGCUGAAGCGCUGCCGCACCAUGAGCCCCACCCACAUGGUGAUGCCCAACGUCAUGGAGAUGAUUGCCGCCCUGGGACCGGGCCCCUCGCCCUUUGGGCCCCUGCAGCCCCCGCCGGCCAGCAGCAGCGACUACACCAGCCAAAGUUCAAGCUUUUCUGGCCCUGGGACUUUUCCUGACUCCUUCCCUACUGUGAACCCCGGCACCCCGACAUUAAAUGAAUUCAACCAAGGACCUCCCCCCAUCUCAUACCAGUCUGACAUUCCCAGCAGUAUGCUGACUCCCGAAAAGCCACCUGCUCCCUCCAUCCCUGGACAGAUGCCCCCGUCUAGCAGGAUGGAGACUUCCCACAACCCUAUGCAGCAGGGGCUCAACAACCCCAACCUUGGCAGCCAGCAAGGGCAGCAGCUCCACCAUCGGAACCCUCCCCCGCCCCAGUCGCGGCAGCCCAUAGGACAGCCAGCCUCCGGGGGCCAGGCGCACGCAGGAGAUCUCGCCUUCAACCCUGGGCCUGGGAUGGGAGGUCCACAGGGACCUGGAGAAGGCUCUGAGCCUUCCCUGGAUCUUCUUCCUGAGCUGACGAACCCAGAUGAGCUGCUGUCCUACUUAGGACCCCCUGAUCUCCCCAAUAACAGCAACGAUGACCUGCUUUCUUUGUUCGAGAACAACUGAAGUCACCCUUUAAGGAACACAGUCACCAAGCUCCAAACACCACCUGCACAUCACAUACACAAGCACACACACACAUCGGCACUCACAUAAUGCAUCCCAUAGCUUCCCAGGCUCCCAUCGAGAGAGGGGCAUUGCCUUGGUAAAGUGGCAGUGCCCACAGAAACCUGCCAGCGAGUCAGAACCGUACUAAGGCAGCCCGAGAAACUUUGGCCAGGCAGUAAUCCAGUUUUGUCAGAAUUGUCUCUACCCUCCAGAAGGGCUCCAGUGGACAGUAGAGCAGCUUGCUUUAGCCAUACUGGGAACCCUUCAAGCCCAAAGGAGAGUUGGGGAGGGGGCGCUGUUCCUUGAAGACUUAGUUGUUAACAAGAUGCUCACACCACAGCAAGGUUAUCCACAUGGCAGCUGUAGCAGUUCAGCCGAUCUGCCCCCCCAGACAGCCUAGAAAACCCACAGCCAGGGAAGGAGGAAAUGGAGCCACAGGGUUUUCCCUGAAAUGUUAGCACAGUCAAUAACCUUCCGCUCCUCGGGCACAUCCUUCUGGAUCUUAGUUUUGGGGUACGCAGAUCCACCUGUAACAUGUGACACUGUAGGAUGAAACUGGCUCCUCCUCGUUUAUACAUUUCCCGAGCAUUCUUAAGCCACAAGCUCCAGUAAGAAAGGACAGAGAGUGACGGUGUCUGGAAGAAGAUGGAGUUUGCUUGCUCUUGCAUGUUCUUGAACCUGGAGGUCCUCAGGAGCCAGCUCUGCUUGCCCAAACUCCUCGAAUGGGGCAUAGCAGCGGUUUUUCUCUUUUAUGGCUCCCAGCCUCAAAGAUGUGCCCAAAUGAAUCGGGAUCAGAAACCUGUCCACGCUCCCCAUGCUCCGUUCCUGUCCAACAGACCCACAAGAACUUGAGCUGGAAAACUUUUCCCCUCCCCCCAUUGCUUCUCCCCGCGGACUACAGCAGCAAGGAAACGCGUCUCUGGUGGAAAGAAAAAAAGACAGUUUCCAGGACACCACCUGACAGACUUGCCUCCAUCUGUCAAUGGAUCCGUCUACAAGCACAACAAUGUAAAUAAUGUAGAAACACUAAAGGAAACAAAAGUGAGGGUGGGAGGAAAAUGGGGAAGGGAGGGGAGGAACUAUUUAAAAGCAAGCCGCAUCACUCUGUUGUAUAGUCUCCAGGGCUUCCCAGCCUUGGGGCAAAAGUCCUCUGUAUAAAUGUGCAUAAGCUUCCUAGAUUGUAAUAUAGACCAUUCCACAUGGGGCUGUGUGCACUAUUCAGAGACUUGAUGCAUUUAGCCAUAGCUGGGGUCCAGCCCUUGCAUCCGACAUGUGUGCGUCCCACCAAAGUAGGAUCUGGAUGCUGAGAAUUAACUCAUUUUAAUCCCGAGCCCCAGAAAUAAGUGCAGCGAAGUCAGUCCCUACCCACCCACCCAAAAAAAAACAAUGUGUGUGUUGACCUGCCAUUCCCCCUCCAUCCCACUCAGGCGCCCACUUCAGUUUAGGUUGCAUUUGGGAUGGUGUCAAAGAGGUCCCAAAGGUUACCUUACCUGUGGAAGAAUCAAACCAUUGUUUGUGGCCGGGUUUCCUGAGCCAGGGAGUCCCUGUGUCCAAGUGCUUACAGCUCUGUUGAGUUUUGUGUAUCUUGUUUCAUUAUUGCUAUAUAUUAAAGGAUUCUUUUUGGUGGGGCUCACCAAAUA